AUGGCGGAAGCGCAUUGCCCAGCUACACGCGGCCUGCAGCUACCUCAACUCGACAAGACAGGCCCUAGCAAAGAAGUAAGAGACCCUAUUGAAGUUAUCUUUGACCAAUUCUGGGCCAAACUAAUAGAACGCACGAAGCCAGCGAUGACCACUAACAAGCCACCGUGA